GAUUUUUCGUCUUUCAGGAAGCGAAUGGCCUGAUUUUGUUACGAAGUCGUAGUCAUUCAAGUGAUUUGUAUAUCUUUGGUUCUCUCCAUUCAUUGAGCACAGCAGAGCCGCCCGGUUUUUCUCGAUUCAACAUUAUUGUGUUUCUAUCUCAUUGAGUUUCUCCGACAUGCCCAAUUGCACUCCAGUCCAUGUGCCACAACUCUGAGUUGUUUCAAAAAGUGUCUUUGAAAACGUUAGUUUGGUGUAUGCCUGCCUGCGUACACCAGAAUGUCUCAAUUUUCGUCGUCCGGAGAUGGAGGGCUGGGAGUGAAAUUCAGCAGCGGUGAUCGUGCCGUGGUGUAUUCUAGUGUCUGCAGUGGCAGUCCUUCGGCUCCCGUGGAGAAUCGUGCCGCCACAGGCGGUGAGCGAGAGCCUCCCGUACAUGAGGUUGCGCUGAGUGGUGAUGUCAGCUCUGUAGCAUGUGGCCAGCUGAUCAGCGAGUGCCAUGCCAUCUUCUGCGCCCUGCAAGAAGUCGGGGCCAGCACCUCCUCGUCCCGAUCGAAUAGUUUAUUACAUAUAAGUCGCCAGUACCGUGCUGUGUUGCACGCGUGCCUGAUCAACGCGAGGCACGAGACAGCGAGAGGUGUACCAACCAACGGCCAUGGCUUACGUUCUGCCUCUAAUGAACAACAUGAAAGUGUCUUGUUUGGCAACGUGGAGCUCAUCUGGCACCUUUGCGAGAUCAUCUUCCUGGAGGUGCUGCCUGUCGGCUGCGUCAUGCAGCCGCUGCUGGAGUGGGUACGCUGGCACGGCCAUCAUGCCCAGGAGCGCGCUCGCGACCUGCUCAGUCACCCUGAUCUAGCGUCAGUCGCCGGCAAGCAGGACGACGUUGGCGGCGGCGGUGGCAACAUGUUUUGGGACACCGUCUACCUGCUGGUGUUGCAGGGCCGCAUCGACACCGUGCGCGACCUCCUGGCACGCUUGCCGUCGCGCCGCGCUUCCGCGGCCGCAUCCGCAUUCAGCAGUUUGGAUGAGCUGCUGCGCAAGAUGCCGGUCCCACAGGCGCUGUUCGGCCAAAGCCUGACGGAGUUCUCGCUGCGGUGGAAGCGCUGGCAGCAGGAGUGUCGCAGCCGCUCGGCCGAGGGAGAGUUCAGUGCCGUACCGCAGCUGCAGCACAUUGCGCAGAUCAUGAGCGGCGACAGCACCGCUCUGCAGUCGUGUCGUCCGCUGUGCGAGAAUUGGUACGAGGCAAUGGUCGGUACGCUGCUCUACACCAACCCCACAGUCAAGGCUGUCGACCUGCAGUACAGCCUAACGUCAUUCCUUGGCGAUGGCUAUGGGUCUGCGGAGAGUCCGGUGGAUUCUAUCCUGAGAUCUGCGUUCGAGUACGACAUUCCUGCUGUGAUUCGCCAAUGCGGUGAGCACUUUGCGCCGCUCAAUCACUGGAUGUCGGCACAUCUCACCGACCUGCUAUUUCACUGUGGAAAGCUGGAACCGCACAACGCAGAAUAUGGUAUGGACCAGCGGGAGUUCCUGCUGGUGGAGUUUGCUACCAGUCUCAUGUCUCACGAUAGCUUUUGGCAAACUGGCAUCUCCUACCUCGACCAUUGUGGCUCCAUGGGCGGGCCCUACUUGGAUCUGUUGGUACCACGUGUGCCACUGACAUCGGAGCGCAAGGCGCUGAAGGUCUUGUCCAUCUGUCAACAGCGGGACCUGACUGAUGCAGGUAAUUCCGUGUGCCGCAUCAUGGCCAUGCAGGCGUACAGGAACGGCCGGCUCGGCUCGGCUCUCAACUGGUGUCUGCGCUGCAAGGAAUCAAGCUUUGCGGCGUUCCUCGCAGACCGAUUACUAAGCCGCUACUCAGCUGAUGGUGUGUUUGAGCACCUGGAUCUCAUCGACAAUCUAGGACCAGCCAUGCUGCUCAACAAUCGACUAACAUUCCUGGCUCAGUACCACCAGUUUCAUCGUCAUUAUAACAACCAAGACUUCCAGCAGGCUGGUAGCUUGCUCUUCUCGUUGCUGGACUCUCGACUGGCACCUAAAGAGUUGUGGCCAACAAUAUUGCUUGAUGCCCUACCUCUGUUGGAACUGGAUGAGGUUAUCUUUGAUCGAGACCAGACGUACGAACUGAUGUACUGCCUGGAAGAGGUGCAAACGUACGCACAGUCCGGCGACUGUAACGGCAGUGCAGGGGCUGACGGUGGAGACAGCAGUGGCGUGUCCGCCGGCUCGCGUCUCAAUGGCUUCAUGUCGACUGCAGUCAAUGGGGAUGGUGGCAUGGACGACGACGCUGUGCCCAUGGACACUAACAUACUGGGCAAGAAACAGCUGCCGAUCAAGCAGCUGAUGGACAAGUUGUCGUUGCUGCGCUUGGCUCUAGCGCGCAACCUGGCCCGAGCAAUAAUUUCCGGUGCGCAUAGCUGAGACAUGCAGCAGCAGCAUGACAUUGAUGGAGGUACUUUCUGAUGUUGAGUGCUGCCACACACUAGGGCUGUGUCGGAUGUUCUCAAUCAACUUUAGAGCUUAGAGCACUUGUGUGUUUGAGUAGGGGCGACAAACGCAGGAUAACCCAAUACACAGCGUGUGCAUUAGGUUGUGGGUGCUGUCGCACGUAUCCCUGCGUUCCCUGCCACCAUUGGCUCAGCUGAUGGUCGGCUGAACUUACCAUUUAAUUUUUUAUACCGUUUUGGUUUUUGUCUGUUUUGUUUGUGUCUUCCUGACAUGUCGUGCCAAGUUAUCUCUCUCCUCCCUGCGUGUACGUGUAGCAGUUUGUUUUCUCUUUCAUCGUCAAUUUGUAUACUUUUGGGCAUCGAA